AUGAAAGCUGCCACCGAGCUGCCUCUCCGCAUUCUGACGCACAAUAUUCGAUAUGCCACCGGCUCUCCCUUCAGGGGCGAGCGCCCCUGGGAAGAGCGCAAGCAACCGCUGCUGAACGAGCUGCUGUUCAACACGCGCCACCAGGACGCCUUCAUCUGCCUGCAGGAGGUGCUGCACCGGCAGAUCGUCGACAUCCACACCGGACUCAACGCCAGCGCGUCUAACGCUGCCCCUGCGCCUGCCACCGAGGCCGACCCCACCUGGGCCUAUAUAGGGGUGGGUCGCGACGACGGCAAGGAGGCGGGCGAGUACUCGCCCAUCUUCUACCGACCGGCGGUCUGGCAGCUGGACCACUGGGAGACGACGUGGCUGUCCGAGACGCCCGACCGGCCGUCGAAGAGCUGGGACGCGGCGUCCACCCGCAUCGUCACCAUCGGGGUGUUCAAGCACCGGAGCAGCCGACGCACCGUGCUGGCGCUGAACACGCACUUGGACGACCAGGGGUCGCGGUCGCGCUACGAAGCGGCGCGCAUCAUCCUGGGCAAGAUCGCGGAGUAUCGUGCGGGCCCGUACGGAGAGAGCAUCUCGGGGGUCUUCUUGACGGGCGACUUCAACAGCGAGGAGGAGCAGGAGGCGUAUCAGGCGCUGACGGCACCGGACUCGGGACUGGCGGACGCCGGGAAGCUGGUGGACGCGGCGGAACACUACGGCAACACAAUCACCUGGACGGGCUUUGGCUACGAGGGACAGCCGCCGUCGCGCAUCGACUACAUCUUGUUGGAGUCCGAGUCCAAGUCGGCAUCAUCCGGGUCACCAUGGCAGGUCGAGGGGUACGCGGUGUUGGCUAAUCGGUUCGACGACGAUAUUUACAACUCGGACCAUCGGGCGGUGUUCAGAGCUCGAGACAGACCCAGACCGACCGCCGACCCGUUCAAGCUGCUGUCGCCCUCUCUCGCUGACUCCACCGUCCGCCGUCUCCGUCAAUUACCGAUCAUGCCGUCUCCUGAGGUCCCUCACAUGGGACACCUUCCUGGCGACGUCCAUCCCGACGGCCAAUCCGGCGAUGUCGCCACCGAGUUCUUGACGGACCCGUCGACGAAUGGGUCGGAUGCCAUUUCCGAGGGAAAACAGAAUGCAAAGGCAGUGCUAGCAGCUUCCGGCGUGUCGUCGUCCGCCGAGGCCAGCCAGGACGCGUCGAAUGGUGAUUCGGGGCAUCCGGCCAACAACUCCAAUGGUUUGGCGUCGAGCAAAAAGCGGUCGCGAAACGGCUCCGUGGCCCAGUCGACCGAAGAAUUACCGGUACGGGUGCGCGAAACGCCCGCGGACAAGAUCCUCCUGGAGCAGUAUGUCAACCGCGAGUUCCAACAUUCGGCCUUGGUGGCCUGGCAGAACCCGAGCCAAGAGAUCGCCCACCAGAAGCGCGCCGAGCGUGAUUAUUUCCUAACCAUCCGACGCGAGAAUCACAUGAACCCGGCCGCUCUCUACGGAGUGGGAUACGAAGGAUUUGGGAACCCCCGAACUGAUUUGCGGGGACAACAUCCGCAGCUGUUGUACCCAUCCAACCGCCGUCGCCCGGGGAAUCGAAGGACGCGCGAGUUGCGGAUCUCACGAAAAGAUCUGAAGACGCAGAACGACCAAAUGGAGAACCUGGUACCGAUCCGAUUAGAUAUCGACUGGGAUAAGAUUAAAAUUCGAGAUACCUUCACUUGGAACUUGCACGAUCGCGUCGUCUCCCCCGAUCUGUUCGCCGAAAAACUGGCCGAGGAUCUGGGCCUGCCGCUCGAAACCUGCGGUCCGCUCAUUCGGAUGAUCUCGCAGAGCAUCCAGGAGCAACUCUGCGAUUACUACCCUCAGAUCUAUAUGGAAGAGGAACCGCUCGACCCGCACCUCCCGUACAGUGCCUACAAAAACGAUGAAAUGCGCAUCCUUGUCAAACUCAACAUCACCAUCGGCCAGCACACACUGAUUGAUCAGUUCGAAUGGGAUAUCAACGACCCUCUCAACUCUCCGGAAGAAUUUGCUGCUCGCAUGACCGACGAUCUUUCCCUCUCCGGUGAAUUUACCACCGCGAUCGCACACUCGAUCCGCGAACAGUCGCAGCUGUUCACCAAAUCGCUUUACAUCCUCUCCCACCCAUUCGACGGGCGUCCCAUCGAUGAUCCCGACCUCAAAACUUCCCUCUUACCUUCUCCCAUGUCUUCUCCUUUCCGGCCCUUCCAGGCGGCCAAGGAAUAUACGCCGUAUCUGUACGAACUCAACGAAGCCGAAUUGGAACGCACCGAAGUGUCCAUUUCGAGAGACCAACGACGACAGAAGCGGUCGGUCAAUCGACGCGGCGGACCGGCUCUGCCCGACCUCAAGGACCGUCAACGCACGAUUCGGACGAUGCUUGUCUCGUCGGUCAUUCCCAAUACGGCCGCAUCGAUCGACGAGAGCAACGUGUUCAAGCGGUCUGGGUCAAGUCGGCACCGACGUGCCGCCGUCGGACUGCGCGACGGUGGCGACGACUCCGACGACUCGGAUAGCGACGAAUCGUCGAUAACGGCCUCACCCGCCAUCGGUCCCCAUCUGGCCCAGGGCACGGCGCGUACCCGCGGGAUGCGGGGGGCUGCCACCGCAGCUCAUGCAGCCCUCCGAGCCAACCUCGGUCAAUCUGCCACGCCAGAACCCCAUCACGAAAGCAGGGUCUCGGCGCGACGACGCGACUAUCGAGAGGAGAGCGUCGAAGAGACGGACCGGUUGAUCGUCAAGCUGAAGAUCAAUCGGGAGAAGUUUCGUCAAUAUCUCACCCAUGGCCCGCAAGCGGUUCCUGGUCUUUCGGCAUCGACUCCUGGGGCCCAGCUGCCCUCGCAACGAAGCACGCCUGGGGCGCAGACUCCAGUUCAGAGUUCUAUGGCGCCGCCCUCACAUCCUCAGCCUCAAGUUCGAGUACCAAAUGUCGGUACUCCCACGCAACGAAACACGCCCGCUCAACAAAUUGGAGCCAUAGAUGCUGUUCAACCCCCUCAGCCGGGUGUCUCUGGGCCUCCGCCUCCAAGUUGGCUUGCAGCGGGACUUGCGCGAUUAAAACGCACCUAUCCCAACGAUUCCUUCGAAGGUGUCAUGCGCUACACCGCGGUUGAUACCGAAACGAUGCUCCCGGUAGCAAGUUCGACCUCCCAACCAGGGCACAAGCUGAAAUAUCAAUACCUCCCUCGCAUCCGAUGCCACGAUUGCCCGGGAAAGCUGUACACGCCCGGACCCGCCACGACGGUUGACAAUUUCGAAGUCCAUCUUAGAAACCGACAGCAUAAAGAACGGGUGGAAGAAAGACUCGCCCGAGGUGCCAGUGCCGGUGCCGGAGGCAAUGCAUCAUAA